AUGCCGAUCUCGUUCCGAGGUGUUCAAGCAGAAUUGGUGCUCGGUGUCGACGAAGAUGCGGACGAAGACGAGUGGCAAAGAGCCUAUCAAGAUCGUCAGCACGAGUGCGACCCCCGCAGGGUGCCGGCAGAGACAUCGGAGGCAGCCGCAGAGGUUUGGCAGGCCAUCGAGUUUGCGUGCGACCUCAUGGAGUCGAGAGCUGACGCCCAGCCCGUGGCCUUGGCCCACCAUGUGCAAGACGUUCGUGAAAGGGGGGGAGCCGCUUUCAGUCCCGCCGUGUUCCGAAGCCUUUUUGUGCCUCGCUCUCUUCCCGGGAGCUUGGAGGACGGAGCCGACGAAGAUGUGAUUGCAACCUUGGCGCAUGUUGCCCCCACAUGGGCUAUGCCUAUCCAAGAGUUCAUCUUCACCCUACUCCAUGAAGUGAGUGUGUCUCAUCUGCGGGACGCAGUCUCUUCUCUUCCCAAAGGAGCAGCUGUUGCAUUUUGGAUACGGGAACAGAAUGCAGUGCUGCACAUAGAGCGGCGGUCUUGUGAUGUAGCGAGACUCAGCGCCUGGCGCGUGCAGCUACCUCUGGCGCAAGCUAUGCUUUCCGAGCCCUGUUGCAUGCAAUUGCCUGCUGCAGCAACCGAUGUUCCCUGGGGCGUCAUCGACCAUGAGGACUUCUAUCGGCUUGUGACAGAGUUGGCGCAGCAAGAGCUUCCAGACGCUGCGCCCAAAGCCGGCAAGGGCGCGGAUGUCGAGGAGACCUGGGAGCCUCACUCGGCCACGUACAUCUUGGACUACUUGCUGCCGGCUUGUGGAGGCGAGGUCGUUGUACUGACGGAAGACGGCAGCUCCUAUGUCUGGGAGCAGGUGCGCUGGCCGCUAAAGUCCCGGAAGGGAGCGUCGCUCGUUGACAGCCUUCUUCCCGCAUCAUGCGAGGUUUUUGGCUCAAGCUUUUCCUUUCCAGAAAGCAACGGCCAUUGA